CCCAAUCUCAUCAAGAUAUGCACAUACCUUAACCCCAAAGCUAUAAAUCCUGUGUUAUUCAUCGAGAUGCCCCCCAAGAGGCGUGGCGCACUCGCCAACACCUCCGCACCGCCAAAGCGCGGGCGCGCAUCCAAGCUCGCGAAAGAGAACAACAUAACCGCAGAAGAAGAAAACGAAAUAAAAGAAGUCUUCCAACUAUUUGCAGCCGCGAACGAGGCCUUCUCCGAUGAGAAAGAAGGCGUCAUUCCACGGGAAGACGUGCGCAAGGCACUGGUAGCCCUCGGCCUCCCACCCACCGACUCAAGCGAGCUUGCCGAAAUUCUCUCUGCGCUGGAUCCAACCACCUGCGGAUUUAUACCCUAUAGUCCAUUUGUCUCGAUAGCAGCGGCCAAACUGCGCUCCCGCGACGAUGAUGCCAUGGCUGCCGAGGUGGAUGAUGCGUAUCAGUUAUUUACGCAUGGCACGGAUGGACCGAUUACGCUGUCGCAUCUGCGGCGCAUUGCACGCGACUUGAAGGAGGAUAGUGUUGGGGAUGAUUUGCUUAAGGAUAUGAUUCUCGAGGGGAAUGGAGGUGCUGGGUUGAGUGCUGGUGUUACUCUGGAGCAGUUUCAUGAUGUCAUGAAGAGGGCUGGUGUGUUUUGAAUGGGAUAUACAUCUCGGGGCAUGGGGUGUUUUAUUGGUUUCUUGAACAUAGGGCGUGGAAUUUUCGUUUUGCCUUGGCUUUUUCGUUUAGCAAUAGGAGUCGGCGGUUCAUUUUUGUUGACUUGGUGGGAGGGAACUUGAACCAAAAGUAAUUGGCCUCCAAUAGGCUGUACGAAAUAUGUGCUGCAAGAUCAAUUGCCCAUUUGUAAUGUUCCAUGUUGUGAUUGUAGAUACAUGCUUCCCUCCAUCAGCCGGCGCGUAAUAGUCAAAGAAUUAAGCUCGGUACUAGCAAAAGAAAAAAAGGAAAA